UUCAUUUAAGCAGGACCACAAAGAAAAACUUGAUUUCCCCCUCUUCAGCUCUUAUAUAGCUCCCAGCAUGUGCAGAAGGGCUCCAUUAGAGAUACCACAGACACUGAAGAUGUUUGGGACACUUCCCGAAUCAAAAAUGGGCUUGCUCAGGCAGAGAAAACUGCUUUCCUCACCCCCAGGGGAGGAGAUAAAAUCCUCCCACAAGAGAAAAUGCCUUUCAGGGCACUGAUGAGGGAGGGGCCAGGGUUGGGCACAGACAAAAACCUUCCCAGCCUUUCCUUGUUUCCUUGUAACAUUCAGGGUGUAAGUCACAUGUUUUGCCCCUACAUUCUCAUGUCUCCCUUGCAGUCUUAACUUGUUCAUCCCUCUCCUCUCUCAUUCCUCACUUCUAUUUUUUUAAUUUUUUUAAAUUGUUUAUUUUUGAGAGAGACAAAGUGUGCAAACGGGUAGAGUUCAGAGAGGGAGACACAGAAUCUGAAGCAGGCUCCAGGCUGUCAACACAGAGCCAGUUGCGGGGCACAAAUUCACGAACCUGGAGAUCGUGACCUGAGCCAAAGCCCAACGCUUAACUGACUGAGGCACCCAGGCGCCCCUCAGUCCUCACUUUUUGACAUACCUGCCCUGUUCUGUCUUGGUUUCACUUGUCCUGACCUCAGCUGAACCCUCUCUUGCCCCUCUUUUUUUUUUUUUCUUUUUUGAGAGAGAGAGGGAGACACAGAAUCUGAAGCAGGCUCUAGGCUCCCCAGCUGACGCGGGGCCCGAACUCAGGAGCCAUGAGAUAGAUCAUGACCUGAGCCGAAGUGGGACGCUUGGUUUAACUGACUGAGCCACCCAGGUGCGCCCCCUCCCCCCUCUUUCAAAAGCUAACCUGAACACCGCCUCACCUGCUGGCUUACAGGUCUCCUUCGCACCCUCAAUAGGGGCUCAUUUAUCCUCCAGUCUCAAUUCUCCUAUGCCCUGUCACUUGUGUGGCCUCUACCGCUCUGCUUUCAUCUGCUUGAUGAAACUUGACGCACACCCACCCCGCCCCCUCAGUCUCAUUUUCCUCCCAGAUGCCCGCGGGCUCUCCAGGAAGCGGGACCUCGCUGGAGGUGGGGGAAAGGGGAACUUCAGUCCAACCAGAAAGGACCCAGGAGUUUUGAUGCGGAAAGGGCGGUAUCCUCUUGUAGAAGGUGCCAAUAAAGAGCCGAGAUAGAAGAGGGUCAGCUGAACCAAUGAGACGAGGACAUAGGAUGGGCGGGUGAUCUGGAAAGCAGGAUCAAUGAAGAUGAGGGCGGGUCUGGUAACGGGAAUAAGCCAAUGAGGCUCUGUAGAGCCAUCAAGAGACUGAGCCAGCCCCCUGUUCCCGACUAAAUCUGGAAAUCCCAAGGCCGCGGUCUUAGAUUCACUGUUCGGGAGCGGACGAGGAAACCCCCGGCUCCGGCCAGCCCCUCGCUUGUCCCAGCUCCACCCAAGAGGCCCGGAAGCGGAAGUGAGGGACACGGAAGUGGCCUGCUGUUGCCGAGGGGAUGGACCAGGCAGAUGCCAACAUGGCAGCGGUUGGGUCUGGCGGUUCCACCGCGGCGGCAGGACCUGGGGCGGUCUCCGCGGGGGCGUUGGAGCCUGGGACAGCGAGUGCGGGUAACGUGAAGCACCUGGCUCUCUUCCUCCACGAGGCUGUCCUGGUGCAGUAUGUGGACACACUCAAGCUCGCAGUGCCGUCUCUCAUCUACACCUUGCAGAAUAACCUCCAGUAUGUUGCCAUCUCCAACCUGCCAGCUGCCACUUUCCAGGUGACGUACCAGCUGAAGAUCCUGACCACAGCACUGUUCUCCGUGCUCAUGCUGAACCGCAGCCUUUCCCGGCUACAGUGGGCCUCCCUGCUGCUCCUCUUCACUGGCGUCGCCAUCGUCCAGGCACAGCAAGCCGGUGGUGGGGGCCCUCGGCCGCUGGAUCAGAACCCUGGGGCGGGCCUAGCAGCUGUAGUGGCCUCGUGUCUGUCCUCGGGAUUCGCAGGUGUCUACUUCGAGAAGAUCCUCAAGGGCAGCUCAGGCUCGGUGUGGCUGCGCAACCUGCAGCUGGGCCUCUUCGGCACAGCCCUGGGCCUGGUGGGGCUCUGGUGGGCUGAGGGCACUGCCGUGGCCCGCCGUGGCUUCUUUUUCGGGUACACACCUGCUGUCUGGGGCGUGGUGCUCAACCAGGCCUUUGGCGGGCUGCUGGUGGCUGUUGUCGUCAAGUACGCCGACAACAUCCUCAAGGGCUUUGCCACCUCCCUGUCCAUCGUGCUGUCCACUGUUGCCUCCAUCCGCCUUUUUGGCUUCCAUGUGGACCCGUUGUUUGCCCUUGGCGCUGGGCUGGUCAUCGGUGCCGUCUACCUCUACAGCCUUCCCCGAGGUGCAGCCAAAGCCAUAGCUUCCACCUCUGCCUCCACUUCCACCUCCGGGCCCUGCACUCACCAGCAGCCUCCAGGGCAGCCGCCGCCACCGAAGCUGUCUUCCCAUCGUGGAGACCUCAGCACGGAGCCCUUUCUGCCAAAGUCAGUGCUGGUGAAGUGAGGGCUGGUGGUGGUGGGGGGAGACAGGGAGGGGGACCGGGUGGAGGGUGUUGGGCAUCUGCAGGACCUGAGUCGCCACUGGGCCUGGCUCCUCUGGGGUUGGACGAGUCUUUUCUCCCGGGUCAUGGAGACUUCUGGAGGGGCGUAGAACUGGGCAGGGUAUCACAUGAACCCUUCCUUGUAGACUGACCUCCCCCUCCCCUGGAGGGGGUUCUUAAGAGCUGCCUCCUCUGCCCCAAGUUAACCCCUUGGGGACCAGGUUGGCAGUAUUGUCAUUCAAGGCCUGUUUUUGUCUGCCUGCCCUUAGCCAGAGGCGUCUUGUCUUCCAUGACUGGGAGAGUCCCUCCCAGCAAUCCCUCCACCUUUGUAAGGACAAAUUGGACAAAAAUCCUACAGCUCUUUAGUGACAGAUGCUGAUCUGUGGGGCUCAGCGUCCCAUGGCUUGAGGCCUUCUUGCCUCCCUCACAACCACAAUGGAUGGUGUUAGCCGCUCAGUCUUUUUUUGUGUGUGGCCUUGGGGCAGCUUUCCUGACAGGAAACCCUUGAAAAAUGGGCCUGUUGUGAGCACCCCGGGGAGGAAGGGGUAGGAGCUGAGAUUUUUUGCCUGGUCCAGGGGAGGGUGCAGCAGGGGGCCAUCGGUUUUUUACAGGUUUGGGAAUUUGUGGUGUAAUCGGGUAAUUAAUGAUCCAGGGUGUGGGAAAAGCAGGCAGGCGAGGUCACUGGGGUGACUGAAUCUCACUGAACCUAAGACACUGUCAGUUGCUGGACGCAGGGUUAUUUUCUGAGAGGGAAAAUUAAGCUGCCAACCACACUCUUGAUACGCACUGGCUGUAUGAGGCACCCUUACUUUGUAACAGGGCCAAGGGUGUCUUAAAAAUGGCUGGAAUGUGGAACCUGCCCCUGCACUCCUCAAAGCUUAUUAACCCCUUAACUGUCUCCCAGGAUGUGUGUGCACGUGCGUGCGUGCAUUUGCGUGCGCACAUGCACGCGUGGGAGAUGCCUGGGCUGUCUUUGCUAUGUGUAAAUAGGGUCAUUGGAUCUUUAUUUUUGAUUAAUUUGUUCUGAUUUUUUGGUUGUUUUCUAAGGAACUGUAAUGAACAAUGUCAGGAUACCCAAUGCCAAAUAAAGAUGUUGUAUUUAUUUA